GUAUCUGCGAGUGUCUGUCAUUGAUAACCAAAUGGAGGUUUAUUUCAGAAUUGCCCUUGUAUGAUGUUUAGAACUAGUUUUGAAUCUUUCACAUUGCUGUAAGAUUUUAUCUCAAUAACUGAGAAUUUAGGAAAUGUUAGUGACUGUUCAAAAUGAACAUUUGUCUUCCUCAUUUCCUCUAAGAAACCCAUGGUGGCAAGGAUAAUUAUGGUAAAAUCUUGAUUUAAUAAAUAAUUUGGGAGUUAUGGGCUCUCCAUUUAAAUCCAAAUUCCAGUACAUUGGUGGAGAUGAUGUAAAAUAUCAAUUACAUAACUAUGCAAAUGACAUAUAAAUUACAUCAAUUAUCUGGACUGUUCAGAAAUGGAAGUGCCGUCCCCAGAAAAUUUUAUUUGUUGCAUCUGAGGUUUUACUGUACGACUCUGCCAAGCUAUAAUUUCCAGAUUUCUUUGAAACUAUUAGUGUCCAGCAAUAAACUUCAGGAUUUUGCCUCAACUUGCAAACCAGGUCUUUCUAUUUCUACAGUACAAUGGCUGUCAAUGAUGUAAAUUUGUAUAGCUAAACAAAACAUCCUAGAAAAAUAAGUGUUGAUAUACCAAUAACAAAUAAUGCCAUUGAGCAGAUAAUGUAACAUUCAUCCUACUGAGAAACAUGCCUGAAACAUACGUGGGUUUCAAGAGAAAACAUGACACUAAUAGCUUGAAUAUGAAAUACCUACAAAGUAAUUGGAUUUAAAACUGAUUUUAAAUAAUCAGUGUUAUAUAUCAGCAAACAAAAAAAUACUGUGGAAUAAAUUAAACCUUCUUCUCUCCCUAAAGAAUGCUAAGGGGAUAUCAGUUGUAAAGCUACCAUGUUCAGAUGGGUCUUCCCUUUCUCCCUUUCUCCCGUUUUCCCGUUAUCGUCUGUUCCAUUCCUGUUGUUCUCUUUCACCUGCUCAUCUACAGUAUCUCUUCCGUUUCUAACAGAUUUGUACCACUUUUUAUGUCAAUGUAUUACCUUUGAAUGAAUUUAAUAGGAUAUUUAUCUUAAGGUCAACAUGCCAGCUGGUAUGUUUGAUUUUCCACCACAACUAUCUGAUUCCCAAAGAGAUGGUCAUUUUAAUUUGACUCUUUCCCCUCAAAUAUUAUCUGUCCCUUAGAUGUACAAAUUUUAAUUUCCUUGAGUAUCUAGGUUUAGUUAGCAGAGCAACAAUUUUCAGAUUUAGCUAUGAGCAAUAGUUCUAAAUGGACAUGAAAACAGUUUCAAAUAUCUUAUUUUUGUACAAGGAGGUGAACAAAGAAAUAGACCUUUCCAGACUGAACAAUAGUGAUGCACAUCUUGGAAUCAACUUAUUUCUGUAUGGGUUAGAUCUGUAAUUAUGAAUCAAAAUGGCUGGUUGGUUAAUUUUAUGCCUUUGAGUCAGUGCGACUGCCUGGAGAAGUCUCUGCAAUUUUCUAGCAAGGUAUUUUGGUAAUGACUUGCCCUUGCUUUUUUCUUAGGGCUGAGGGAGAGUGACUGGCCCAAAGUCACUCAGCUGACUUUUUGCCUAAGGAUGGAUUAGAACUCACAUUCUCUCAGUUUCCAGCCUGGUAUCUUAAUCAUUAUAUUGAUUAGCUCUGAAUCAGAAUGAGGUACUGUGAAUUUUAGUGAAUUAUUUUUGUCCUGAGUACCAUGAAUUUAAGAGAAUCUUUCCACAAGGAAGGGAAAAAUAUAAGUACAAAUGAAAAAUCCCAAGCUGUCCACCUAGAUGACCUCCAAGAUCCCUUCCAACUUUAUUAUUAUUAUUGUUAUUGUUGUUGUUAUUGUUAUUAUUAUUUACACACGUAGACAUUACUAAUAAGGUAGCCUAUUUAUAAAAUUAACUGAGCCCCAUCUGCUUCUGAUUUCUCCCACACUUCCUUACAUAGAAGUUUAUAAUUAUGUACAUUUUCCCUCCCUCUUUUAGCAGAAAAGGAAAGGAACAAAAACAGGAUGGAGUUGAAAGAAGGAAAAUGAGAUUGGUGGGGGAAAGAAAAAGAAAAGAGAGGAUAAAACUGGAUAGAGUUGAGGUAAAGAGAAAAGGUGCAAUGGAAUGUGGGGAUGACUUUGGGAAAGUAAAGGGAGAGAAACUGCCUAGGAAACAAUCAGAGGACAGUCAGGAGCCCCCAAUGGCUUAAUGGUCCUUAUCCCUCUCCAUCCCCCUCCCAUUUCACCAAAGUCAAGCAAGGCUAUCGGAGCAUGGUAGAAACCCCAUCGCCCUCCGGUUUAUGGACCUGUCCCUGUCUCCUGGCAAGCGCUUGUCUCCAUCUUGGUCGGCCAUCGUCAGAGUCCCGGAGGUGUUGCAGCCUUCCUAUGACAUCAUCACUCGGCAUCUCCAUAGUGGACGAAAGAGCUUCGGAGCCUCACAGAGGCCCGACAAUAGACUGAGGACUGUGAGCAGGUGCAUGGCCAGAUGAUUGUCGAGAAGUACAUGGCCAGAUGAUUGUCGGGAGGAGUUAAGGGCGCAGGGGCGUGUUAUUUAUGUUUUGUAGCCGGAUGGUGGUUUACAGGGUGUUGGCUGGGUGGGGUUGGUUUCACUGAAGGCGUGGAGGGCAGGUUCAUUAUGUAAAGGCUCUGAGAACAGGCAAUUCUCAGUGUCAACUUUUCUCAAACUUCACUUCUUCAGUAAAGUUCGUUCAUCGUUCCUGUUUGUGGUUUACUUCUUCAUUACGAAACACCAGACUAGGACAGCGUAACAGUAAGUCAGCACUCCCACUUUGCUUGCAAAGUUAUCAUCCCUUUCUUCCCAUUUGCAAGGGGGUUUUGGAGCGGCUAUGGCAGAGGGAGUCCAGGAUGCUGAUCCCGUGGGGGAGAUCCCGGAGUCGCCCACAGACAAGGGAACGGUAGCUGAGGCGGGGGUGGCAGAGGCUUUAUCGGCGGUGAGACCUAAGAAAUGCGCCCAGCAGCCAGUGGAUAGUGGGGGUGAGACUAAGCAGAAGCCAUCUGCAGCAUCUUCGGGGGAUUGGUGGUUGAGUUCAGUCCUGCAACACUCGGAGGCCGGUGGGCCUUAUCUGACUGGGGGGAGAGAUCUCCUAUCUGGAUGGAGGGAGAGACGCAUUACUGGUGAUGAAGAUGAGGAGUGGAGCUAUUCUACAGCCCCUGGGCAGUAUACCUUGGACGUCCUUCGUGACAGAUUUGGAGAAAUGGCCUUUUUACCCAGGUCAGAUGGCACUCCAGGUUCCCAGGCCCCAGUGGGUUCCUCUGGGUUUUGUUUAGCCAGCCCAAGGUUUCGGCUGGACCAGGGUCGACAAAGGCGGGAGGAUCAAACUGGCAUGGCCUCAAUGGCUGCACCCACAAGCUGCUCUACAUUGUUUCUUCACUCUUUAGGCUCAGGGGCGUCAGGCCCAGGGAGUCGUCAUAUCACCAUGCCAGACAACAGCCAGCAGGCUGGACAGGCAGCUACUAUGUGGCCGGCAGGGAUAGCCUGGGUCCCUCCACCUAUUGGGGUGACAUUUGAUGGAGACCCAGAUAGACUGGCAAUGUUUAUGGGGCAUGUCCUGAGUCACUUAGAUAGGUUUGCACCACAGUAUUGUUCCCAAUGGGCUAUUGUUGUGGCGAUAACAGCAAGCUUACAGGGGGAGGCAGCUGCCUGGGCUGCUGAGUUGUUUAGCGAUCAUGCUCGGGAGUUGGUGAUGUUGGACUGUUUCUUGGUGCAUUGAGAGCCCGAUUCGAAGACCACACCCGGGUUCAACGUGCUGAAAUGGAGGUCUUAGGACUGCGACAGAGGGGAAGGCCCAUACGGGAAUACGUACGAGAGUUCCAACGUGUGGCUGGUAGGUUAAGGGCAUGGCCAGAGCGUCUCCUGGUGUACCAUUUCUGUAAUGGACUGGACAAAGACCUGAGGCAGGCCUGCAUUGUACGGGGUGUGCCAUGUAGGUUCCAGGACUGGUUCCGAGUUGUGACCGAAUUGCAUGCAGGAUUGCAGGAAUUUCGACUGGUCGCAGCUGACUCAUCCAUCCCUCGACAGGUGGGGGACCAGUCGAAAGAGCCUGGGCGCCAGCCUCCUACCCUCUCACCACCUGUUUCUGCACCGCCUAAUAAAGGAACAUUUAGGUGUUUCAGGUGUAACCGGCCAGGACGUCGGGUGGCGCAGUGUCUGGUUCCAGCAGGACAAGGUACAUCGGCAACCCAGGGAGGACUGGGUGCUACUCCACGGAGGACUCCGGAUCGUUCAAGAGCGCUACGUCAGGCUGAAAGAGAAAACCCCCAUCGACCUUCAGGGGAGGCAACACCCCCUGCCCAGGCUGCCCCUGAUAUCCUGCUGGAGGAAUAUGAUAAUAUGGAUCCGGAAGAGGACCCUAUGAGGGAACCCUGGUAAGGGGGGUGGCAUGUCGGGCCCUGCAAAGCUAUCGGAGCAUGGUAGAAACCCCACCGGUCACCUCAUCGCCCUCCGGUUUACGGACCUGUCCCUGUUUCCUGGCAAGUGCUUGUCUCCGUCUUGGUCAGCUGUCCUCAGAGUCACGGAGGUGUUGCAGCCUUCCUAUGACGUCAUCACUCGGCAUCUCCACAGAGGACGAAAGAGCUUCAGAGCCUCGCAGAAGCCUGACAAUAGACUGAGGACUGUGAGCAGGCACAUGGCCAGAUGAUUGUCGGGAGGCGCAUGGCCAGAUGAUUGUCAGGAGGAGUUAAGGGCACAGGGGCGUGUUAUUUAUGUUUUGUAGCUGGAUAGUGGUUUACAGAGUGUUGGCUGGGUGGGGUUGGUUUCACUGGGGGCGUGGCGGGCAGGUCCAUUAUGUAAAGGCGCUGAGAACAGGCAAUUCUCAGUGCCGAAUUUUCUCAUACUUCACUUCUUCAGUAAAGUUCGUUCAUCAUUCCUGUUUGUGGUUUAUUUCUUCAUUAUGAAACACCAGGCUAGAACGGUGUAACAGUUAUAAGGUUAACUGAACUGGAAAGAAACUGGGAAGCCAUGGUCAGGUGUCACAAAAAGGGUUAAAUUUUCUGGACAAUCAGCUUUUUGGAAGCAAUAGUAUCUUUAAAGGCAUUCAGAUUUUUUUUGCAGGGCUACCUGUAGCAAUUUGCAAUGCCCUCCAUUUGGUUGUUUUCCACAGGAUUUCUAUUCUUAGUGAUGGUAACAUGGCUGUACAGUAAUAAUUUGGGGGGGAAAACAACUUGUUUUUCUGUUGGGUAAAGAUAUCAGGAAAGACAAAUUUGAUUUUGUGUUAAAAAAAUAAUAGGGUUAUCCUCACUAGAAUUUUGAAAUAAAACAUAUCUCUUUUUCAUUCACUGCAUGCCAUUUUGAAAUCUUUGAGGUCGUAUAUGUCAAAGUAAGUUCAUGAACCUUGCUUUGUAGCUAAUUGACAACUCAUGAAGAUCUUUCAGCAGCUUCUGGAUAAAAUGCAAAGAUUUAAUUUGCAAUUAUUUCAUGCUAUGGUAAAAAGAUUCUAGAAUUAUGUUCAAAG